AUGCCCUCCGUCCUGCACACCAUCAGGCGGAUGACUCGGGACGACGUGCGCUCUUCGCCCCCCGCCGGCCCGGCCCGGGCACCCACCAGGCGGCACGGCUGGAUCGCGCCGCCGCUCGCGCCGCGCCCACAACGCGCAUCCACCGACUCGCAGGACGAGCAUCCAGAGGAGGAGUACACCUUUUUCGGAACGCCGCGCAUUGCGUCUUCGUGCAGCUGCACGGGAUGCUGGGCCACGCCGCUAGCGCACAACCCGGCCACUGUCGCCGCGACAGUACGUGAUCGCAAACCCCUCCCCUUCCUUCCCACACGGAGGAAGCCAGCCCCGAAACUGGACAAGGACGAGCUGCAAGCCAUGCGUGAGGCGUACCCCACUCCUCCGCCCGAGACUCAACCUCAUCCGCUUGAACGCUGUGCGUCCCCCGAAUCGGUCCACUCGUACGCUGCCUCGCAGGACGAGCAGGACGAGCAGGACGAGCAGGACGAGCCGUCUUCUCUGCCCGACACCCCGCCCCCAGUGCCCGAGAAGGACGACGUGCAAGCUGUGCGAGCGCAGUACGAGCCCGUCUCCGCCGCCGAGCUUAAGAGCCUGUACGACGAGAUCUGGCUCAGUCUGCCCGAUGAUGCCGACACAUCCCUCCCCGCUUCAUCGACCGUCUCGACUGCUUCGAUCCCAGGAUCCGCUGUGCGCUCCCCAACCCCGAUCGCGGCCCCUCCCCCACCCUCCCCCGUGACGUCGACCUCGGGCUGUGCUCUCCUCAGUCGCGAGCGCGAGUCUCGCCGCCCUCGGCCGCUCGCCCAGAAGGCCCCGCCGGCCGACACUGAGCUCGCCUUGCUUUGCCAUCGUGGAUCCCCCCGUUGCCCAACCCACGCCCCGGGUGUCGCGCAGCUCGACGAAGCGCCGGCGCGCACCGGAGGCAGCCAUGAGAAGGGUCACGCCCACGAAGCCGAGCGCAGGCCGACGGCCGCACCCUGGAGGUCCGCGUCCGAUCGCCUAGGCUCCCCGGAGGUGUAUGAGUACUAG